UGAGUCUCCCGGUGGGGGGUGGUGGGCCGGGUGACCCCCAUCCAGACCGCAUGAUUCACGUGGAGAGGCGGAGACUCCAUGUCGGACUGAGGCAGGCAGGCAGGCAGGCAGCGGCGGGGAGGACCGUCCUCUACACACCGCUCAGGAAACUAAACCCUCCACAAGCAGCGCGGAGUUUCUUCUUUCGGGUCCGCUUCGGUUACAAUGUGAGAAAUGGCCGAAACGAGCUCUGACUGGGUGGAGAUCCUGGAGCCGCGCUCCCGCGAGCGCAUGUAUGUCAACCUGACCACGGGCGAAUGCGGCUGGGAUCCCCCGCCCGGAGUCCCCGUCCGCCAGGCAGACGGCAACCAGUGGUGGGAGCUGUUCGACCCCCACAGCGGCCGCUUCUACUACUACAACUCCGCCGGGCGCCGCACGGUCUGGCACCGGCCCCAGGGAGCCGACAUAGUGCCCCUCUCCCAGCUGCAGGCCAUGAAGCGGUGCAGCGAGGCCCGGCAGGCCGGAGGGGCGGCGGAGGAGCACCACAGAUCCACCGGCGGCAGCGUGUGCAGCGCGGGGAGCCAGGGGCGCCGCACCCCUCUGGCCGAGCGGGACGGGGACAGCCCGCCCCCCGCUGCCCCGGAGCCCCCCGAGCAGAGCGCCAGCCGCGAGCCGGACCCGACGGCGGACGGCCGGACGAGAGGCGACGGAAGCGGCGGCGAACACGAUGUGGAUGAAGGCAAAGACCCACAGAGGGAUAACCCUCAAAGAUGGCAGCCAGCGCCUGGCUCUAAAGCGGCCAUGUUGGUGAAGGUGAACAGCAUGCAGCGCAGCCAGCCCGUCCCGCCACUGCAGCAGCACUUCCAGCACGCCGCGCACAGCAAAGCAGGCACCGCUUCCCUUCACGCCCCCUGCAACAAGCCCCAGGGGGGACAAGCGAACCCCAACCAGGGAUACAAAACAGCCCCCUCUGGCAAAACGGCCGGCGACGCGCGUCAGGCUCAUCACAUAAGAAAAGCCAGCAACGGUAGCUUCUGUUUGGUGACGUCAGACGGCAGCCACCCCAGCCCGCUCCUCCAUAGGUCACAGACCUGCACCCCGCGGCCGGUCUCUCCUCCGUACGGCUGCACCGCCCCCAUCUACGAUGAGCCAGUGACAGACAGUCCCAUAUACGAUGAACCCCCCACAGAUAUGGAGGUAGAGGGGGCACACCUGUAUAAUGGACAACACUUGUCUCGCCUGACGCCCACCCAGAGUCUCCAAAAGCCUCGACUUCUCCCGCACCCCGUUUCCUCUCAGCCGGGCUCUAGACACCGGAGAGACGCCUCUUCCUCUGACUACAGCCCAGCUGGUCUGGAGUGCAUCAAGCACAUGGUCAACGUGGAUCCCAAACAAGGGCUGCCGUCCGGCUCUCCUCUGCCUGCGCGAGCCGCUUCCCCUACCUCCAGACAGGACCGCGCCAUGACUCUGGCCCAGCCCUCACAGCAGCCUCGAGGCCCGCUGAGGGACCGAGAGCUCGGGACGCCGGGCCCCAGUUCGCUGGACAAAAAGCACAACUGGCGGAUCCUGGAGGCCACGGUGCAGCGCGCCAUGGACGCGCGGCACAGCAGGCAGAGCAGCCAGGCCUCGCAGGACUUCCCGUCCACGGCCCCACAGGCCACGGCCAACUAUCAGGACUCGGGCUACUCCACGGGGCCCUCUCCCAGCCUGAGGCGAAAGAGCAGGAGGCGGGUGGUAGCCGGCGGAGGGGCGGCAGGCAGGCCUGGGUCGGUGGGCAGCAGCGGGGAGCUGUGCGCCCUAAACGAGAGGCUGAUGGCAGAAAUGAGGGAGGUGGUGAGUCGCUCCAACACCAUGAGGGAGGUAAGAGCCGGGCUGGACCCAGAGAUGGGGGAGAGAGGCGUCGUACCUCGGACACGCUCCCCCGCGGACUCGCUCAGGUGGUUUGGAGGAGGAGGAGGAGGGAGCUCUACAGGCAGGUGUCCGUCGCAAGAGAACAUCAGCGUGGCUCCGCGGUCGCUUAAUGGGACGGCUAACUACGGCCCCCCUGCUCUCACCCCUCUGGAAAUACCAGGGAGGCAAAAGAGAACCUACGAAAAGGUGGACACCUUGGAGAUGAGCAUAAACAGCCAGGCCAGCCUCUCGUCUCCAGAGACCCCAGGACCGCCCUCACAGGCGGGAACCCUGGAGCUGCAGGCUCAGCUGGAGAGCAGGAAGAAAGGCAUGGCGGACGGACGGACGGCCUCCCUGGGUCCGCACCGCUCCUCCAGCCACGACAACCGAGAAGGAGCCGGCGGCGGCGGCGGGCGCUCCGCCUACCAGCUCUCUUACGCCACGCUGCGGCAGCCUCCGCCCCCCGACGCGGGCAUGGAGGACUGGGCCAGCAAGCACCUCAACAGCCACACGCAGGGGCUGUUCCGCCGCCGCGUCUCCAUCGCCAACAUGCUGUCCUGGAACCGCGGCUCCAUCAAGAAGCCCAUGCUGGUCACCAGCGACCGCGCCGUCAGGAAGGAGGCCUGCGAGAUGUUCAAGCUGGUGCAGGCCUACAUGGGAGACCGGCCUUCGCGACUGGACCGCCGCCACUGCGCGCUGCUCAUCGUCACCAAGUGCUGGGACAUGCCGGGCCUGCGGGACGAGCUGUACGUGCAGCUGGUGCGGCAGACCACGGGCAACGCCGGCCCCCGCAGCCUGGAGGCGGGCUGGGAGCUCAUGGCCGUCAGCCUGGCCUUCUUUGCGCCGUCGCCCAAGUUUCGCUGCUACCUGGAGGGCUACAUCCAGAGACACACGGAGCCCAACAGCGACAAGAAAUGUGAGUCUCAGACUGAGGCACAGGUGACCCAGUUUAUUUUGGAACAGCAGGAGCUAAAACUGAAGAAGAACUCAAAGUCCAGAAAGAAGCGGAAACAGAACACAGAGGAGGAGGAAGGCCUCCCCGUCAGCACGUACGCCAAGUUCUGCCACCGCAAGCUGCUCAAGGUGGUCAUCACUGGAGGCAAAAAGGGUCUGCGUAAACCCACCUUGGAGGAGAUCGACCACAGCAGACGGGCCAUCAUCACGCCGUCCCUUUUCGGCAGCUCUCUUGAGGAGGUGAUGGAGAGGCAGAGCGAGCUGUUCCCAGACAGGAAGCUGCCCUGGGUGCAGGUGCAGCUGUCCCAGUACGUCCUGGCUCUGGGCGGGGCUCAGACCGAGGGCAUCUUCAGAGUACCCGGGGACAUUGACGAAGUCAAUGCAUUGAAACUCCAAGUGGACCAGUGGAGGAUCCCGGAGAACCUGUCGGACCCUAAUGUUCCUGCCUCUCUGAUGAAGCUCUGGUAUCGGGAGCUGGAGGAGCCCCUGAUCCCGAUGGACUUCUACAAGCAGUGCAUCAGUAACUGUGACGACCCGGUGGCAGCCAUUGCUGUGGUGCAGGCUCUGCCAGAGCUGAGCAGACUGGUUCUGUGCUACUUCAUCCACUUCCUUCAGGUAUUCGCCCAGCCAUCCAACGUCGCCAUCACCAAGAUGGACGUCAACAACCUGGCCAUGGUGAUGGCUCCCAACUGCCUCCGAUGCCAGUCCGACGACCCGCGCAUCAUCUUCGAGAACACGCGCAAGGAGAUGUCCUUCCUGCGCAUGCUCAUCGUCCACCUGGACACCGGCUUCAUCGAGGGUGUGGUGUAGACACUGGAACGGCCGCAGCGCACAUAUCAGCCAUACGUUUACCACCCAGCGAAAGAUAAACACUGUCUCUGUUUAGGUCACACUGGAAACCGUUGCGGGGACGUUUUAGAGCUCGUGUGUGAAUGGUCGGAGUUCCCGCCUUGUGCUUUUUCUGUUCCCUGACAGACGUUUCAGUUCACUGUUUAAAACCAAAACCUAGUGACUGAACUCAUAUGGCUCACCUCAUUCUGUCCGCAGCAUAUGCAAACAGGCUGAUGCUUCAUUCCCAAUCAUAGAGCUAUUACUGCUGUUACAGCUCAGUGGUGCAAAAUGGGAUUAAAUCAGAUUUACUUCAGAAUUAUUCAUUUGUUAAAAAGAAAAAAAUCUUAAUUUAAACAGUUGCCACUUUUUCUCCCCAUGUUUCUGGUUUUUAUUGUGCGUUUCUGUGUGAAUUAUCAGUGUGAGCAGAAGACACCUUUGAUUUUUGUUUUUUUUGUUUUUGUCAUGUAACAAGAAUAUGUCAAAUAAAAGAACUGGUGAUAAUGUCCUUUUUAAUCGGUUUGCCUGAGCUAAGUUUAUUAGUUGUAUUGACGGCUGGUGAUUGUUUCAUUGAACAAAGCACCUGUAAUUCAGAGCUGAGGCUGGGAGGAUGUGCUGGAAGCUCUAAUGGAUGUGGAUGGGUAAGAUUUAGUAAAAAUGUGCUUUCUUUUUUUUCUUUCUGAAAUUGAACCCCUCACAAACGCCAUGUUGUGAAAGCGCGGUUAUCCGUUACUAGUGUUUCAUUUGUUCUCAGUCUUUGAGGUGGAAUUGUUCUCUUGCUUUUUUUUUUUUUGGCUCAGGUCCUAUGGGGGGAAAACGGGUGUACGUGUAUAUCGCAGAUUAACAUUCAGUCACCUGCCGUGAGAAUGGUGUCCUACGAAAAUGUAAACCGAGCUGUUUGUAAAUACGUUCCGCGUGGAAAUUUGUACUAACCUUCCUGAAGUAUAUAUUCUAAUGGUCUGGGUUAUAGGGAGGGUGGGGGGGGGGGGGGGGCAGUUUUACUGUAAAGAGCAAUAAAAAGACGUGUAAGUGAGAAGCUGUAAUUAACGGUUCGUUUUUUCUGCUGUAACUGCUUGCUAUUUGAACAAAAGGAACCCUGAUUCAAACCACUUUCAGCUUAUGUGUGUUUGCAGACUGUCUUAUCUGUAAUGACUGACUAUAAAUAAAAGUUUUGUUCAUUUGUUGA